AAGGCGAUUUGGGUGUAGCAGAUAUCGUGGCGAUUGGUGUUAUCAUUGCCCGUCUUUUUGUACGGAGACUUUAAUCGAGUAUUUAGAGGUUGGGUUUCUUCGCGGAACUGGUGAAGUCAUGGCGGCGAACAGGGUUUCGUUCGGUCAGCAACAGCAGAACAGUAAUUUUUCGGGGAAUGGCGUGAAGGAUGCUCUGUAUGAAGAGUUAUGGAAGGCCUGCGCAGGUCCUUUGGUGGAUGUUCCUAAGGUUGGAGAAAGGGUUUAUUAUUUCCCACAAGGCCACAUGGAACAAUUGGAAGCAUCUACAAAUCAGGAGUUAAAUCAAAGGAUCCCGAUGUUUAAUUUGCCCCCGAAGAUCCUCUGCCGCGUAUUCAACAUUCAGUUACUGGCUGAACAAGAUACUGAUGAAGUUUAUGCUCAAAUUACCCUGAUGCCAGAAGCAGAUCAAACUGAGCCGAUAAGUUUGGAUAGUUGUCCUGACGAGCCUCCGAAGCCUGAUGUUCACUCGUUCUGCAAGGUUCUCACUGCCUCGGACACAAGCACGCACGGUGGAUUUUCUGUCCUCCGAAAACACGCUAACGAGUGCCUUCCGCCAUUGGAUAUGAGCCAGCCUACACCAACACAGGAACUGAUUGCCAAGGAUCUUCAUGGAACUGAUUGGCAUUUUAAGCAUAUAUUUAGAGGUCAACCUCGAAGGCAUUUACUCACGACUGGGUGGAGUACAUUUGUUACCUCUAAGAGAUUAGUAGCAGGAGAUUCUUUUGUAUUCCUGAGGGGGGAGAGUGGAGAAUUACGUGUUGGUGUCAAGCGACAUGCCCGCCAACAGAAUUCCAUGCCGUCAUCAGUUAUUUCGAGCCAGAGCAUGCACUUGGGAGUCCUUGCGACUGCAUCUCAUGCCGUUCUCACUCAGACCCUCUUUGUUGUUUACUACAAGCCAAGGACUAGUCAAUUCAUUAUCGGAUUGAACAAGUAUUUAGAAGCUGUUAACCAAGAAUUUGGAGUUGGUAUGAGAUUCAAGAUGCGCUUUGAGGGUGAUGAUUCUCCGGAGCGGAGGUUUUCAGGUACGAUUGUCGGAGUGGAGGAUAUAUCUCCACAUUGGGAAAAUUCCAAAUGGCGAACAUUAAAGGUUCAGUGGGACGAGCCUGCAUCUAUUCCAAGACCUGAGAGGGUUUCUCCAUGGGAAAUUGAAAAAUUUGUUGCAACUGUCCCCACGACACUUCAGCCACCAACAGUGAAGCAUAAAAGGCUCCGGCCGAACAUUGAAAUCUCAGUACCUGAUUCUGUAACUUCAUCAGCAUCACCCGCAUGGAAUCCAUCUCAAAAUCAUAUAAAUCGUGCUUUCGAACCACAAAGGACAAACAACACUGUUAAUUCACAGGCUAGACGACAAUUGGACGGAGGUUGGAAUUCCCCGCUUGCCGUUAAUGCUUCCCAUAACAUGAAUGCUGAUGAAAAAGAAGAGAGUAGAAAUGCUUCAGGAUGGUCUGUUAUUUCAAACCUGAAUGAGGUGAAAAAAUCGGACAGUGUUGCCUCGUGCAGAUUAUUCGGGUUUGACUUGAAAAGUUCUCCAGCGGUGGCCACUUGCAUGAAUUCUCCUAUAAAGCCUGUUGAUAAAAUAAAUGAUGCUAGUGAAGUGUAUGUCCCGAGUAGUCUGUCGGGUGAUUCGGAACAUAAAUCAUCAGGUGUUUCAAAGGAUCUUCUAGAAUCAAAGCAAGAGCAGCUGCCAGUACUGGCAAAGGAAAUUCAAAGCAGGCAGAGUAACUCCUCAAGAAGUCGCACCAAGAUAAUGUACGACAGCAUGAAGACGAAUGUGGUGAAUGUGAUUGAGAGAGGAAAAGUAAGUGAGGAAUACAUUACAAGUGAUGAUGAGCGACGACUCUUGGAACAAUAUUUGGCCGAAGAUUUCACCCGCCAAAACCACCCAUCUGUAAUUAAGGUCUUAUUGGACUCCAAAAAAGAUAGGGACAUUGGAGGUGAGCCCAUGCCCAACCUCAUUUACGUGGCCCGACAGAAGAGUCCAAACAGCCCACACCAUUUCAAGGCCGGAGCCCUCAACACUUUG